CUAUUUCUCACACUGACACCAAUGAUGGGGCACGAUUCCUCGCUCUGACACCAAUGAUGGGGCACUAUUCCUCCCACUGAUACCAAUGAUGGGACACUAUUCCUCCCACUGACACCAAUGAUGCACCACUGUUUUAGCCUUCUCCUUGGCACCAAUGUUUUAUCCGCCCCCUUUCCCCACUGACACCAUUAAUUUACCAAUGUUUUAACCCACCACCCAUCCCCUCUCCAACUGCUACCUAAUGACACUUGUGUUUUACCUCUCCUCCACUGAUGCCAGUACUUUAUACCCCUGCCAAUUACAACAAUCUUUUAUUCUUUCCCCUACCCCUACUAAGCCUAAUGGUUCAUCCUCCACUGACACCAAUGCUUUAUUUCCCCUACUCACACCAAUGUUCUAUUCUUCCACCUUCUCUGACACCAUUGUUUUAUUCCUCCAUUUUCUCCAACUGAUACCAGUGUUCUAUUCUUACCCCAAUGACACAUGUGCUUUACCCUUUACCCUAUAAAGCAUGGUCCAAUUUGCUCCAGUGA